AUGAACACCAAGGGACAAGUUGUUAACCUUAGAGUCCGUUUUAACCAUAUCAAAGUGCCAUUCGCGGAUCAAUCCAACAUUCCAAGAAAGAGAGCGAUUCGCUUGUUGAUGAAUGAAAUGGGUUUCCGUUAUCAGGAUGUCGGGAACACUAUGGAUUUUGUCGAGACCGAGGACAUCAAGGCCAAGGAGUGGCACUACCCUCAAGAGCGACGGUCCGACAAAUAUAAGGGCACCGUGUUUGUGUCUUUGAGCGAACCCUAUUGUAGCCAGAACCAUCGAGGGUGGAUCAUAGACGGAGAUAUAUCAGGCUAUCAAUCACACCUUGUUUUGCAAGUCUAAGCCUAACAGGCCAGUGCUACCAGCACCACUAUCACCGCCAGUCAGCAAGCACUGAAGUCAUCCCCAAG